AUGAGGUUCGGUGAAUACCUCCACUCCUCCAUGAUCAAGGAGUACCAUCCGUUCUACAUAGCCUACGACGAGCUGAAGAAGAGUCUCAAGACCGACUACGUGACGCCGCCGACUCCCGAAAACACCAAACCCGCCCGCCGCGAAUGGACCGAGGACGACGAGAAGGCUUUCGUCACUUUGCUUGAGACCGAGCUGGAGAAGGUCUUCAACUACCAGAAGCGAAAGAGUGAGGAGAUUGUUGAGCGCAUUAAGGAGAGUGAGGCCGAGGUCACCGAUGUGAUUUCUCGUUUGGAGCGCGCGACGGGCAAUCGCCGUGAGAGCGUGUCUUUUCCCCCGCCCACCGAUGACGAUUUCCUGCUGCUCGAACAAACCCUCAGUGAUAUCAUUGCCGAUGUCCACGACCUCGCCAAAUUUACACAGCUCAACUAUACGGGCUUUCAGAAGAUUAUCAAGAAGCAUGAUAAACAAACCCAAUGGUAUCUGAAGCCCGUCUUCGCGGCUCGCUUAAACGCAAAGCCCUUUUUCAAGGACAAUUACGAUGCUUUUGUCGUCAAGCUCUCCAAGCUCUACGACCUGGUCCGCACCAAGGGUAACCCGGUCAAGGGCGAUUCCUCCGCCGGCGGAACCCAGCAGAACUUUGUUCGCCAAACCACAAAGUACUGGGUCCACCGCGACAACAUCACCGAGCUGAAGCUGGUCAUUCUCAAGCACCUGCCCGUGCUGGUCUUCAAUGCCAGCAAGGAGUUCGAGGAGAAGGACACGGCCAUCUCCUCCAUCUACUAUGACAACCCCGAUACCUGGGAGCUGUACCAGGGUCGUCUGAAGAAGACCGAGGGCGCCGAGGCCAUCCGUCUGCGUUGGUAUGGAGGCAUGGAGAGCGACCAGAUCUUCGUCGAGCGCAAAACGCACCGGGAGGACUGGACUGGUGAGAAGUCGGUGAAAGCCCGGUUCUCCCUGAAGGAGAAGAAUGUCAAUGCGUUCUUGGAUGGCCGCAUGACCGUCGAGCAGGUCUUUGACAAGAUGCGCAAGGAGGGCAAGAAGAGCCUCGAGGAGAUCAAUGAUCUGGAACAGUUGGCGCGGGAGAUUCAGUACCGGGUUAUCACUCGCCGUCUCGUCCCCGUCACUCGUACCUUCUACCACAGAACUGCCUUCCAACUGCCUGGCGAUGCUCGCGUGCGUAUCUCCCUGGAUACUGAGCUGACCAUGGUGCGAGAGGACAAUCUGGAUGGCCGCCGACGGGCCGGCAACAACUGGCGCCGGAUGGACAUCGGAGUCGACUUUCCCUUUUCUCAGCUUCCUCCCGAGGAUAUCGACCGCUUCCCUUACGCCGUGCUGGAAGUCAAGUUGCAGACACAGGCCGGCCAGGAGCCGCCUCAAUGGAUCCGUGACUUGACUGCCAGUCACCUGGUGGAAGCCGUACCGAAAUUUAGUAAAUUCAUCCACGGCACCGCCACCCUCUUCCCAACCCGCAUCAACUUGCUCCCUUUCUGGUACCCUCAAAUGGACGUCGACAUCCGCAAGCCCGUCUCCCAACACUACGGCAUCCGUCGUCCCAUCGCCAGCACCUCCGUCUCCGCCAACGACGAAGAAGACUCAGACGACGACGACUCACCGCAAACCGAACAAAGCCACGAAAACGGCUUCGCCAACCACCUUGGCGAUGACAGCCGCCUCUUCACCGAAACCAACGGCAACGAACUCGACAUCGAAGAGCGCAUCGCCGCCCAACCCCUCCCCGGCGACGAAGACUACCCCCUCUACGACUCCGACGACGAAUAUAUGUACGGCUCGUACUUCUCCGACGAACUCGAAGAAGCCCGGCACAUCGGCGGCCUCUACUAUGCCAACCAACUGGCAAAGCAUUACCUGAAAGUAACCGGCUCCCUCCUGGCCGCUGGCUUCUGGGCCGUAAUCCCACGUCCCCGCGCAACGGAAAUGCCACCCCCUGAACAACGUGGCAUCCAAGUCCUGGGCCCACAUCAACGCUCGUUCAAGCGCUUCCAAGCACCACCCGGCAAAAGAAUCUUUGUCCCCGUUCGCGUCGAACCAAAGGUGUAUUUCGCCGCGGAACGGACAUUCCUCUCCUGGCUCGAGUUCUCCAUCAUCCUCGGCGGUAUCGCCGCGACUCUACUGAACUUUGGCGUUGAUACCGUUGCCAUUGCAUCGUCGUGGGCAUUUACGGUGCUAGCGGCUGGUGCGCUGGUGUACAGUCUUUUCCUGUAUAUCUGGCGUGUGGAUAAGAUUCGGAAGAGACGUGAUGUUAAACGGGUUUAUUAUGAGAAGUGGGGGCCCACAAUUGUUUCGGUUGGUCUUGUUGUUGUUGUGCUGGUUAAUUUUGGGAUGAGGAUUCACGCUGGUGGGUUUAUGGCUGGAAAACCGGGUGUACCUUUGCCGGUUCCUGGGAAUGGGACGAGGCAUGGGGAGUUGUAG